AUGGACCCCACAUGGGAUAGUUACCCAUAUCCGCGAAGCUGUCAAGCUUUGAGCAGCUCCCGUCGAUGCCCAUAUGGAUGUGACGGCAGCGAACCAGAAAUCGUGGCAGUCGACACGCAAGACCCAGAGAUCCUUGCGACUUUGGCUCGGGAUGCCUCAGUGAAGCUUUGGAACGGACGGACCGGGCAGUGCAUGACUACCGUGCACUUCCCAGAUGCUCACUACUUCAUGGAGUACCCGUACUGUCUCUCCGUGAGCGGUCACAGAAUUCUGGUGUCUGCAGAUGAAGGCGUGUUUCUGACUGAGUUAGAGCAGACGCCAGCUGAGACCCGGCGUCACUUGCCACGGUGGGUGGAGGUCCAGGAGCGGGGCAAGAUCGAGAUGAAAGGCAAGGGCCAGGUGACCACCUACCUUUUUCGCGGUGCCUCGCGGCAAGCCGAGCUUUCGCGAGAGCUUGAAAGAUCCCACGUCCACUUCGGGGGUCUCGCACCGGUCGAGAGGUCGCCAUCCUCGGCAAAGCCGAGGUCGAUCCUCAAGCAAUCGGUUGCGAGGAGCCCCAACCGUCCGACGCGAAUGGCAGAAGCUGUUGAGGAAUCACCGAGCACGCGAGUGCGCCGCAACACUGUCGGGACCAAUCUCAUUAUGAGAAUGUCUCUGCCCGUCCAGGAGGGCGGACUUCCAUUUGCGGACGCCAGAAGCAGCUCGCCGAGCCAGGAGGAGAAGUUUCAGCGCGUAUUGAGGGAGCUGAAUUCGACCUCAAAGACCUUUGCAGGGCAGGUGAAGAGCUGGAAAUGGUGGUUCUCCGCCUUCCUCCGCACACCGGAUUUCAGCUCUGAGGUAGAAGACAAGUACCAGAGGUGGUACCACGAGACCACGAUCUGCAAGAAGCUCGAGUCCAGGCUAGACAAGCAGGCGCUGGCUCUUACGAUCCUGACUGCAGUGGAGGUGUUCUGUUGCACCUUCGUGGACCAACUGUACAGCAAGGGGUUGGGAAACUUCGAUUGGCGAGGCACCGGCCAUUUGGUUGUGUUGGAGACGGAAGACAGUUGUGCAAGGCAUGGUGCAGGUGUUAUGCGUCUGAUGUCAUGCAUCCUGCAACAGAUGCAGGUCAUGACGGACUCGGAUGUGUCCGGCUGCCUCUUUUCCUGGCAUGCAGAGGCAUGGCUUUUCUCAUCAUUUGGUGCUGGCAGCAGCUUUGCCGUGCACAGCAUCGUAUCCUACGGCAUCCGCAUGAGCCCCGCCACAGAAAUCACCCAUGACGCCAUGAUGCUGACAUCAACGCAUCUCAGCAUGGAGACUUUGCGCAGUCUCUGGCAUUGUGACGGUGUCUCUGCUGGAGUGCGCCAUCGCAGUCGCAUCAUCUACCUGGGAUACACCGUGGUUUCCUUCCUUCCGAAGCUGAGACUUAUGAGAUAUACUGUGCAGGAUGAGAGUGCGUGGAAGGUGCCAUCUGUGACCGCUUGUGGCGUUUGCAACAUGUGCCUGAUGGUAGCCGGAAUCGUCGGGUGGUGCACGAUGGAUCAGCUCACUGAGGCCAAAUUCUACAUCCUCGAGGAUCCAGCUGCUAGCCGAUGCUUGUUCAAGUGCUUCAGCUAUGCUUUUCUUGCCUUUUACCUGUAUCCGGUGCUGUUUUUUGGGCAUGCCCAGCUGGUUGCCGAAGCCUUCUUGGUCAUCGUUGCAUGCUACUACAUGCUUUGGGUCCCCCUGCUGGACAGUUCCGCCGACACCCACUGCUGCGUUCAUGCCUGGUGCCUGCUGGCAUUUCUUCGGCUGGCUGUGCAGGGUGCCGAACUAACUGAUCCGAUGCAGUAUUGCCUGAUGCUUUACUUAGUAGAGGGCAUGGUUCUGCGGUUCCUCCUCUACCGCAGCACCAGAGGCAACAAAGAGCUACAACACUUUCCGAAGCAAAGCUUCCUUGAUGCUUUUGCUCGGCCACCGUCGAGCGAGCGACAUACGUCACUGGAAGCCUUCGACACACUGUUUCGGUUGGUUAGAAGAGACCAGGGUGGUGGCAUGCAUGCUUUGUGCUUGGCCCGUGCUGUCCGGCAAAGUUGGCUGCAUCACAGAUCCGUGGUGCGUGGGCAGAUGAUGUUCACAUACCACUGCAUAUGCCAGCAGCAGAUCAGUCCAGACGUCAUUUGGAGAAUUCUAGAGUUCCUUGGAGAUGCAGUCCAUUCCCAAGAGGACUGCGAGGAUGCGUCCUCUCAGAAGACGAUGUCGUCGAGCAGUGCUGGCACCAGCAUCGAGUUUGUAAAGCGAAGGCUUCAGCUCGAAUUGGGAUCCGGCUUAGGCGCCUUGGGCGUCCGCGCCGCCGCCGGGGGCCUCGUGUUGCUGUCGGACAAGGAGCUGCCUGUACUGGGCCUGGCAUUGCAAACUGCUGCUCUGAAUGGCGCGCGCUGCGAUGCAGUAGCCUAUGACUUCGCCCAAGGGGCGAAAGCGCCUUUUCGUCCCGGAGUCUUCGACCUCCUCUUGGCUUCGGAUGUGCUCUUCAUGGACCGGUUGGCAGAGCCCCUGUUCUGCAGCAUGGCGUGUCUGCAUGCGCCUGGUCAACAUCAAAGAGCCAUCCUUGGGCAUCAGCGACGCCGAGCCGUGUUCCGAGGCUCAGAUGGAGAACCUCGUGUAGAAGCUGAAGAUUCUGCCCUUCGGCGUUUCCUUGACCUCGCUGGGCCACACGUGUACAAUCAGAGCGACAAUGAAGCGGAGGAGAGUCUUGCCUUGGUCUUGGAUUGGCCAGCACCGGGGCCAAAUCCCACAAAGCGGCAAUGCUUGGGCGAGGAAAAAGGCCUAGCAAGUUCAGAUUCGGAUCGAUUCGUUCAUCCAGUGUCGGUUGAUGAAGCCAUUGAUGACGUCAGCGCAGCAUUGAAAUAUGAGGAAUCAGAGAUGUUCUUCCUUGUGAAGCUGGAAGAGCUGAGCACCUCAAUGCUUGAGAAGCUGCACUUACUGCGGCCGAGGGAGGUAUCGAUGCUGUUGAACCAUCUGGCCUUCUCACAGGUCGUUGAAAAGCCCUUUUGGCAGAAGGUGUCGGAUCGUGUGCCAGAGAUCUACUUCGACUCGGACGCGACCAGCCUGAGCCUUACCAUCAACGCUUUCGCGCGGGCGAUGUUGAAGCACGAGACGGCUAUCCAGUUUAUGAGCAAUGAGGUCAUGCGGCUUGCCAACAGGGGCAGCAGUUAUCUGACACCACGCAGCAUUUCAAUGGUGGUGAACGGAAUGUCGAAGCUUCGCAUACGAGACGAGAAGUUGAUGAGGGCCAUGUCGAGUCAUGCACAAGGCUGUCUUGUGGAGAUGAAAGCAACAGAUCUGAGCAUGGUGGCGAAUGGCUUUGCCCGCUUGUGGAUCAAUGAUCAGAAGCUUUUCGAUGCCCUGGAGGAGCCCCUGAUGGCGGCCAUGCCUGACUUCACUGUGCUGCAUAUUGCGGCCUUGGCUCAUGCCCAUGGCCGGUUCUUGCGGCGAGACGAGGCACUUCUCCAAGAGCUUUCGUCGCAACUGUGGCAACGUUGCCAAGCCUCUCAACAGGUGGUGGACGCCCAAAGCCUCAGCAGCAUCAUGCAUGCUUUCGCCACCCGCCUUGAUUUCUCCAGCUCCGACUUCAUAAAGGUGGUGCAAUUCAGCCUGCCACGCGUGGCUGAGGAGAUGGUGAUAACAGACCUGGUGCUUACUGUGGGUGCUGCAAAGCGGAUGGAAGGGCUUCCUCCCGACCCUCAGCUUUGGGAGCCUCUCUUCCGACACUGCCUCCGGCUUCAAUCAUUGCUGAUGCCUUCAGCUGUCGUCGUCGUGCUCGAAUUGGCUCUUCAACUACAGCAUGGCAGCGCCGAGUUUUGGCACACCAUGCUCUCGCAUUGUGCCACGUUGCUGGAGGCAUCCCGCUUCUAUGAGGCCUAUCAUAUAUCUAUCCUCGCCCUGCUCUUUGCCGACCUUUGCGCAGGACCCAAAACACCGUGGGUGAUGCCGGAUGAUCUCAAGAACCGAGCUCUUGCUGCCGCCGCCUCUGCCUUACUGGAGCUCCAGGGACAGUGCGAAGUUUCCAACCUGGCAGACUUGGCUAUUGCUUUCGUACGCGCGGACUUCAAGAAUGAGAUGCUCCAACGAAGGAUACUCGCCCAGGCAACCAGACAGCUCGCAGAGAUCGCGGUCACUGGCUCCAUACUCCGAGUGGCAGAUCACCAUCAUGCUAGACGCCUGCUGGCUGCUUUGUGCCACGCGCAUGGCAAGGAAAUCAUCGAGAUGAACCAUCACGUCGCGUUAGCGGCCAAGUUCCUGGAGUUUGUACCAGGUGAAGGUGGACAUCUGCUGGAAUAA